UUCUUCCUUUAGAUCCUUAUCCACAGCUAUAACAUUGGGAGCAGAAGGCAACUGUGGAAGAUAAGCAUGUUGGCUGAUAAAAACCUCAUGCAGUUUAUGAGAAAUCACACCAAUAUGUUGUUGGGUUGAGUGUAACUUCCUGAUUCUCCAGCUUGCUUUCUUUUUCGCUGCUGCCUCUUAUAAAGGAACGCAGAAAAAAGACAAGAGGAAGUUUUGGAGAGCUGGGGAGAAGAGGAUGCUGAACCAAAGAACUGGCAGCCAUUGAUUCUCCAGCUUUUUCAAACAGCCCUUGAUGAUCAAAGCAACUAAGGAGAAACACCAUGGGUUCUGGUGCCUCAACAGAAGAUGUAGGCAAGCAAGUGGAAGAGCUGAAGGCAGCUUUGGAGGCAGAGAAUAAUGAUGUCUCCAGACUGAUAGACCGAACUGCUCGGGACUUGAAUUCAUUAACAAAUGCCAGGCUUGAUAUUGCUGUCACAGGGGCAACAGGUGCUGGUAAAUCAUCGCUUGUUAACGCCCUACGAGGAAUGACAGACAAUGAUGAAGGUGCAGCUGAGACUGGGGUAAUACAAACAACCAUGAAACCAAAGGGAUAUCCACAUCCCACAUUCCCAAAUGUAACUGUAUGGGAUCUUCCAGGAAUUGGGACAAAUGAAUUUAGUUCAAAGGAAUCUGCAAAGGAAUACUUGCAGAGUGUAGAUUUUACAAAGUAUGACUUUUUCAUCAUCGCUGCUUCUGUUCGCUUCACACUGAAUGAUGUUAUGCUUGCCCAAGAAAUUCAUAAAAUGAAUAAGAAAUUUUACUACGUGCGCACUAAACUGGACACCGAUAUAGAGCCUGAAAGAAAGAAGGCAGAAGGAAGGAAUGAAACCUUCAAUGAGGAAGAAACCCUUGCAACAUUAAGGAAACAUUUGUAUGAUAAUUUGGUAAAGGCAGGGGAAUCUCACCCAAGAGUUUUUCUUGUCUCCAGUCAUUAUUGGGAUAGGUUUGAGUUCCAGUUUCUGCUAGAGGUCAUUGGAAAUGAACUGGAUGAAAUCAAGAGAUAUGCAUUAAUCACAGCGUUGUCAAAUUUCUCAGGAAAAGUCCUGAAAAAGAAGAAGGCUUCUAUGGAGGCCCUUGUAGAGAAAGUAGCCCUUGUGUCUUCUGUUAAUGGAGCUGUCCAGGUCCCAGGUCUCUUCCUUGUUUGCAAUAUUCCCUUCUUGGAGAAAACAAUGAGAAAUUUCAGCAUGGCCUUUGGCUUGGAUGAAGAUUCCCUCCAUCGACUUGCUAAACAAAGUGGCAAACCUGUUCCUGCACUGAGUUCAGCUAUCAAGAAGACCAAAAUAGCCAGCCAAAUCAACAGUGAAGUUGUUGAGACCCUAUUGAAGAGGGCGUGCGAUAGUGUAGAAAGAGCAUUUAUGGAUUUUCUACCCCCGUUGCGCUCUCUGUUUGGUGGAGGUAAUUCUUCUGUAGCUCUCUCCCGCAUGCUGCACAGCUUUCUGGAUGAUGCUGAGGAAGAUGCUGUGAAAGUUUUGGCAAAAGCUUUUGAGAAGUAAGAGCCCAGCCCUGGUAAAGUUCCUUUCUGGUGAAUGUUUGCACACUGCCUAUGAAUUGUAUGGACAAAGUAAAGAAACGGAACUCAAGAACUGGGCCUUGGGUUCAUACCCAUGUUAGACUUCCUACUUGUUUCUGCUGGAAGCACAUUCUGCCCGGGGGGGGGGGGGGAAUCUGAUAAAUAAUGAGGAUGAGGAUUCUGAAAAUCCAAACUACUCACCCCAACAGAGGAACUAAAGCACCAAUCUACAAACCCUGAAAGGAACCUAAAAGCCAGGAAAGAAAGGAAACUGUCCCUAAACUUGGAAGUCCCUCACCUACACACUUCCCCUAAAAUUUGCAGUCGACUGUAUAAUUGAGUAGCACCAGGGCAAAUAAGGACAACCCAGGUUUUUUCUGAGUUGACUCACAGUCUUGCAUUUAUCUCAGGUUAUCGUUCAUAUACUUCAGGACAACUGAGAGGCAAAACUUGAGUAACCUCAAUUAAAUGUGGAAAUGCAAAUGAGAAAAAAAUAGGGUGAACUUGAGUGUAGUGUAGAAUGUCAGUUCAGGGACAGGGUUGAACCAGGAUUAAAGGAGAAGGGGAAGGAGAAGAAGCGCAGGAGGAAGAAAUUGGAUUUAUACCUCGCCCUUCACUCAGAGUCUCAUAGUGGUUUACAAUCUCCUUCCCGACCCCUCCUCACAACAGACACCCUGUGGUGUAGGUCAAGCCGAGAUAGCUCUGAGAGAAUUACUCUUGACAGAACAGCUCUUUCAAGAACUGUGACUGACCCAAGGUCGCCCAGCAGGUGCAUGGGGAAUCAAACCCAGUUCUCCCAGAUUACAGUCUGUGCACUUCACCACUGUACCAAACUGGCCAGUGCAGAAGGGCCUGAGAACUGUGAACAUCCUGUGUUGAUAUCCCUUAUUUCGUUGCAAAUCAAAGACAUUUUAGAGGCACAGUUCAAAACAUUGUGUGUUGCUUCCAGGGAAGAGCUGGAAGCAUGAACAUCAAUAUGAGUUGGUGGCUGAGAACUCAAUUAGAACCUAGAAAUGUUAAAGACAAAACAACAGGCUUUAGUGCUGAACAGUAUGCAUUUGAUAAAAUAUUUCUGGGGCCUCAGAAGAAACUAAUUGCGAAGUUAUAUUUAUAUUUACUGCAGAUGAAAAUGCAAGAUGAGACCAUAAAAGAAUGUAUGAUACAAUGGGCCAAGAACAUAGGUCAUAAUAUUACUUUAGAUGAGUGGAAGACAUUAUGGAAAUUUAACAUUUUCUGAUUAAGACUAAUUGAUGUGAAAUGCAAUAUUUACUAGUGUAUAUAUAUUGAGUAUAUGAACCAAUUUAGAUAAGUUUAAGUGAGAACUUACAUUUAUAUAAUAAUAAUCAUUGAGAUUUUAUUUUGAAUAUAUGGAAAUAUCUUAUGGCCUUUUAUGGUGAAUGAUCAACUGACGUGCUGAAUGUACUACUUUUUUGUUUGUCUACUUAUUGUUUCUUUUCUGUAUCCAUCUCCCCCCUUGUUCUUGUCCUUAUGAAAAUUUAAUAAAACUUUUAAACUGGUUAAUAUA